AUGUUCAAUUGGACAUCUUCCGAGCUGGUGAUAGGAAGGGGGUGUAGUUUGAUGUACGGGCCGCAGACAGACCUCCUCAAGAUGCAUGAGAUCAUAUGCGGAGCCUCAGACAAGAAGAGGCCCGGCGUUCAGUUCGCUUCGUUGUACAAGAGCGAUAGCUCGCAGCUCUUUGCACACAUCAAAGCAAAGCAAAUGACAACAGGCGAUGGAAAAUUUUCGGUUUUGUACAUGAUGAGAUGCGACACUAUGCACAUGUACCAAGCCGUGUCUCACGCCGAUGUACCAAAGGCAGUCAUCACCGCCUCGAAACCUGGUCGACUGGUAUUCGUCAAUGACCAGUUCGUCUCAACUUUUGGAUUCAGCAAGAAGCAAGCUGAGCGGAGUUCGAUCAGGAUGAUACAAGGGCCAAGGACCAAUCCAGGAACAUGGAAAAAUAUCUUCAAAAGGAUUCAAACGGGAUUUGAGCACGAAGAUUGGGUCAUGGUAUACUCAAGCGAUUGCAGAGAAAUCAUGUGUCAUAUUCACGCAUACCCUGUUGUUGACGGGAUAGGCAGGGCUUCGUGUGUUAUGGUGAUGUUUGAAGUUUGUUCUGAUUCGAAUCCUUUUCCGAUAGACCAGGACAGCGCCAUUCACUUCAGACGGUCUGAAAUAGCUUCGUCUUCUAUAUCAUCGGCUUCCGAAGACUCCAAGAGAUCCAACUGUAUGAUAGGCGAGUGUUCAAAUAUUUCAAGCUCGAAAUCGCCAAUAGCGUUGUCGGAUUUUGAGACGGAGCGCGAGCGACAAAAAGUCAGAGCUAUCUACAACAGAACCAUUGGGGUGCAACUACAAGAGGAAGUCAAGAAGAUGCCCCGAACACGGAAACUUCUCUACGACUCAGGAGAUUGCUGCAGGAGGAGGGGUGUAUGCGAUAGCAUGACAUCGCUCAAGAAGCGGAAACUGAAGUCAUGGAUUCAGAAACGUAGAUCGCUGCAACUUCAUGUUGGGUACAAACCUGAUAUGGGCUCUUUGAAUACCUUUGAUGACGGUCAAAAUCAUGUCAUGGAUGACGGCAAAUGCAUCUUUGCAUUGAUUCUCGAGUUUUUGUGGAUGAUCUACAGGUUGAUCGCAAGUGCUUUGGGGAUUCCCAUCAGAGAGGAUGAGGAUGACGAUAUGCCACAUUACAAUGAGUGUCAGACCAAGAGAGUGUUUGAGAAUUGGAUCCAUCUCGGGUAA